AGACACUCUGAGAUCUGUCCCCUGUGCCAGUGCAGUUGUUAUGAGACAAGCUGCAGGGCCUUGACUGGCUCUAUUCAGUUCCUUUACUUUUUUGCUGUCUCAGAAUUGUAGUUCUUUCUUGAGUUGUAUGCCUAAUAUUAUUAGGGAUCCUCGAAAGGACUGUGAAACUUAACAAGUAGUGACCUGGAAACCCAUAGUUUGAUCCUAGGACUUACUGACCUGUGAGAAGCCUCAGGAGGAGACGCUGAAUUUAAAGAAGCUCCAGGCAGCAUCAAAAAGGAAGGAACUGAGUUACGAAAACACAGACUCCUACCCAAGAAAAGUCCCAACUAUUAAUUGUGCGUCUCCACCCUGAAGACAUAUGACCUGUUACUGCCAUUGAUUUCUCAGUACUUAAUCAACGCUAUGACAGAAAGCACCGCUGAAGGUCGUACAUCCACCACCACUACCAUGGUUUUAGAUGGCAAGAAUGGAUCCAUUCACAAACCGCCACUCAAGAUGACAAAAUCAGUUUCUCAGGACCUCAAGACAACAUUCAGCUCCCCAGCGGCAUGGCUUCUUGUUGUUGCCCUUAUUGUGACUUGGUCAGCAGUGGCCAUUGUAAUUUUUGAUUUAGUGGACUACAAAAGUUUUUCAGACCAGUAUUCCCAGUACUGUGAUGAUCCAUGUUUACCACCUGGGGGUCCAAUCAGCAAACUUCGAAAUGAUCCAGUGAGAAUUAUUCACGAUGCUGUGGACGACACUACGGAUUGGAUAUAUGCCAUCUUUUCCACUGUAUCAAACUUAAUAUCAUUUGAUGAUGAACGCAAAGGACUUGCAGAGCAUGCUGUGAAAAAAAUAGGUGUGAUACAGCCAAUACAUAGAAAAGUGGUCCACAUAGACAGAGAAGAAAUACAUGAACAACUUCAAAUCAAAGCUGUGCAGAGACUUCUUCAGAAAGAGAGACAAAUAAAAGAAGAAACCCCUGAAAAGUCAAAACACAAAGAGAAAGCUGAUUUAAAAGCAGAGUUUGUGAAGAAAACACCAUCUAAAGCUGUAGAAAAAGAAAAACCUGAACCAAAAGUAAAAGCAGAGAAGAAGGCUUCAGCUGUAGUAAAAGCAACACCUACGAAAGCUAAGGCUGAAAAGGAAGCUCCUCCCAAAGAAAAGAAAAAAUCGGAACCAAAAACAAAAGCUGAAAAGAAAGCACCAGAAGUUACAAAAGAAAAGCCAGACCCCAAAGAAAAAACUGGGAAGAAAGCUGCGGACAAAGUAGCUGCCAAGGAAAAACCUGAAAAAGCUGAGAAAAAAGAAACUGACAAAAUAAGUGCUAAAGAAAAAACAGACAAAAAAUCUGCAAAGAAAGCUCCAGCCAAAGAAGUUGCAAAGGAAGCUGAAAAAAAAGAGAAAGCUGAGAAAAAGGCUCCAGCCAAAGAAACAAAAAAGGAAGAGCCAAAAGAGAAGAUUAAAGCUGAGAAGAAACCUGCAGCCAAAAUAACUACAAAAGAAGAACCUGAAAAAGUUGCAAAAUCUGAGAAAAAGGUUCCUGCCAAAGGUCAGUUCCAGUUGUUCUAUGUUUAUUUGUCUGGAGAAUUCAAAUGUGUUCUGUACCAGUAUAAGCAACUAUCUAUAGACAUGUGGUGUGCUGUACCUGAGCUUGCAGCUUUUUAG